CGUGUUAUCUAGAUACUUACGCUUAAUAUUUACACGUUUGUGAUUGUCAUGACGACGUAAUUAUUACGUUGUUAGAGAGAAUUCAUGUAUUUACAAGUUUAUUAGUUGAUUGUCAUAAAAGAUUGAUCCAGUUAAUAUAAUAAUAUUUUUCAUCAUGGACAUAAAAGAACUUGAAGUAUUUGGAAUAAUAGCAUUUGAUGGUAUAAUGAGAAAUGGUUUACAAUUACAUCCUGAUGGAGAGCAUCUUGUGUAUCCAAUGGGAAAUAAAGUUACUGUCAAACAUGUAAAAACGGGUGAACAAUUCUUCUUUGUUGGUCAUAAAAAUUUCGUUUCUGCUUUAUGUAUUUCAUCUUCUGGCGAUUUAAUAGCUUCUGGUCAAGUAAAUCAUCACGGUUUCAAGGCAAUGGUUAUAAUAUGGGAUUAUAUCAAUCGUAAAAUGAAAUUAAGCUAUGAGAUACACAAAGUUAGAGUCGAAGAUGUAUGUUUUACAGAAAAUGGGAAAUAUCUUAUUAGUCUUGGAGGAAGAGAUGACGGUCGCAUCAUAAUAUGGGAUAUUGAAAAUGAAACUCCACUUUGUAGUACUUCCAUUGGGAACGAAUCGUUUGGAAAUAUUACAAUAAUUGCACGAACUAACGUUUGCAAAACAAGUUUUAUGACUGCUGGAGAUAAAACUUUGAAAUUAUGGCGUAUCGAUUUAGAAGAACGAAAAAUGUAUGGAACGGAUGUAAAAAUCGGAAAAAUGAAGCGUGAAAUUAAUUGUCUAGUUAUAAAUGAAAGUGAUGAAUAUGUAUAUUGUGGAACAACAUCUGGUGACAUUAUAAAAGCAAGAUUAAAUAUUGAAAAAUCCAAAGAAAUGACUAAAUAUCCGGUAAUGAUUGGAUGUUAUUCAAAGAUAUCGACGCAAAAAGGAAAAGCAAAUUCACAAAAUGGAGAAAUAUAUGCAGGAGGUGUAAAAAAUUUAUUGCUUUUAGAGAAAGAAAAAUUAAUUGUAGGUGCUGGCGAUGGUACGGUCGAAUUAAUUGAAAUAAUAAAAGCAUCAAAACUUACCGCAAAAAUAACAAAAGCAUUAGUCAUACCAGCCAUUAUGACAUAUUGCUCAAGAAAUGUAUGUGCUAUGGUGACAUCAAUGAUUCGGUAUAAAAAUGAAUUUAUAUUAGUAGGGACCGCUUUAUGUGAAAUUUAUGAAAUUGAAUUGGCAAGAUUUCAUAUGCGUUUAAUUGUGACUUGUCAUACAAAUUCAAUAUUCGAUGUGGCAUUUCCACGCAAUUAUUCAGAAAUAUUUGCAACAACUAGUAAAAAUGACAUACGAGUAUGGAAAUUAAUUACCCAAAAAGAAUUGCUUCGAAUUUCUGUACCAAAUUUUAUUUGUUCUAGUAUAUGUUUCAAUUGUAAUGGUAAUUCUAUAAUAUCUGCUUGGAAUGAUGGUGCAAUAAGAGGAUUCGCUUUGAAUGGCGGAAAACUGUUAUUCGAAAUUAAUGGCGCUCACACAAAAUCUGUAUCAACAAUUACUAUUACAAACGAUGAUAGUAAACUUAUUAGUGGGGGCUGUGAUGGACAGGUGCGAAUAUGGGAUGCAAAAUCAGAAAUACGAUAUUUACUGCAAGUUUUAAAAGAACAUAGAGGACCAAUAACGUCAUUACAAGUUUCACCAGAUAAUGAGAGUUUAAUUAGUUCUAGCACUGAUGGCACAUGUAUAUUGUGGAAUUUGAGAAAUUUUACGAGGAAGUUUAUGUUACGAGGAAACACAAUGUAUAUGGCAACGUGUUUUGUUCCUAACGGUGUUCAAAUUUUAACAUGUGGUACAGACCGCAAAAUAGCUUAUUGGGAAACCUUGGAUGGUUCGUUAGUUCGGGAAGUUGAAGGUUCACUUACUGGAACAUUAAAUACUAUAAGUAUUAGCCAUGAUGGACAAUAUUUUCUCACUGGAUCAGAUGAUUCCAUUAUCAAAUUAUGGGAAUAUCGCACUGCUAAUACUAUUCGUUUAAGUCUUGCACAUGCUGCCGCGGUUACUCGUUGUGUCUUUGCUCCAGAUGAUACAUUUAUUGUCACGGCAAGUGCAGAUGGUGCUAUAAUGAUUUGGAAAUAUCCUUUUUCAGAAAAAUAAUAAACAAACAAUAAAACAAACAAUAACAAACUUUAAUAAUCAUCAAUUGUAAAGAUAUCAUAAAUAUAAUUUAUAGAUCAUGUUGUAAAUAAAGUUAUAAAGUUAUAAAGUUUCAUAUAAAUGACAAAUAUCUUUGUCAUUUUUCAAAUAUAUUCAUAAAAUCUAAUUAUUAGUUCAUAAUCAUUAAUAAAUUCAAUGAUCAUUUCAUUUCAUAUAAAAAUUAUUGUUUACAUAAAAGAAUCACAUAAAAAUCCUAUUAUAUUUUAUAUUUUUAUGUGAGAUAUUUUAUACGGGCAAAACUAUAUAGAAUUAAUACAAAUAAAAAAAUAACACAUUAAUAUAAAUACUGAAUAUAAAUAGUGAAUAAUUCAAUGGCAAGUUAUGUAAAUAGCGAUAAAAAAAAAUGAUUCUUUUAAAAAUCUAAUUUAAUCUCUUUCAGGAUAUUAAUAUAUUUAUAGAAUACUUUUUAAAGAUCGAUUUUAGGCGUCAACAAAAAUUGCUGUAUGAAAAUGUUGACUAACAUUUAUUUGUUAAAUUAUUAUUUGUUAAACAGUUUAAAUUUACAAUGGAUGAAAUGAGAUGGAAAGUUGCUUAUUCUGAGAUAAAUACACAUUUUUAUUUAUAAAUCAAAUAUUUGAAUCUUUAUUAAAAAUUAUUGAUAUCUAAACUAUUAUAAUUUCAUAAAAAAAAAACAUACAACAAUCCAUUCACGUUCAAUUUAAAAUAUUAAUAUUUAAAAGCCUCUAAUUUCAAAAUUUUUGCUUAAAAUUUUUUUUAUAACAUUUGUAUUAUAUAGCAAAAAGAGAAGAAAUAUAGAUUUUUUUUGAUUGAAAAACAGUUUCGCAUAUUUUUCAAAAUUCAAUAGAAUAACUAAAUAAAAUCAUACAGCGAAUUUUGGAGGAUCAUUUAAAAAAGAAGUUUUAAUCUUCAAAUCUGUGAUGAAUUUAGUCAUAAAAAAAAUUUUUUCAUCUUCAUAGAAAAUUAAUUUAAAUUUGCAAAAUUUUUAACGAAAAAAUCUAUGCACGUUUUCGUCAUAUAAUGCAUAAAUAUCAUUCU